UUUCUCCCACAUCAGAGCCACUGAGGACGCAUUGGAUUUGUUUUGUUUUUGAUGAUAACGCGUCACCUAAUGCAGCUAAAUUCGUUUAUGUCUGCACGAAUCCACGAAUUUACUCCAGACUGCUUUCUGAACCAGGGACAAUUGAAGGUUUUGCUAAAAAGUUAAAACUCAAGGAUGGAACAGUACCCACUCUUCAUGAUCCAGCUGCACCUCCAGAAGAGUUUACAGGUGGGAUUUUUACAAUUUUUUGAGGAUGAGGUGUGUGUGGGCCGCACUUUGUGGAACUAUACUGCUAAUGCAGGUUAUUAUAACCAAUUCACAAACUUCAGUUUCGCCCAUUGGAGACUGUUCUCAGUUUGACUCGUGUAAUGGCUGCAUCAGCGGAGACCCGGCCCUCAACCUGACACGCUGUGUGUGGCAAAAUUGUAAUGACGGAAAUGACACAAGAUGCAUGUCUGACACCGACGACUAUGGAGGCUGCUCUGUCUACAAUGAGACUGGCAUGUGCCAAACAGAUAGUGGGUCUACUGAUGGUGGUGGCAAAGAUACAGGGUCAGGCCCUAAUUUCUCUCAAGCAUCAUUUGACCUGUCCAGCUUCAUUGGAGGAAUCAUCCUAGUGCUGGUGUUGCAAGCUGGGGCUUUUUUUGCCAUGCGCUUCCUCAAGACAAAAGACAGCUCUUAUGAAACUAUUGAUCAACCACAGUGAAAAAAUGAGUCAUGAAUGGGAGAGAAAAUUACAGAAACAAAACAUAAAGAACACCAUUGGAGAGAAGUCUAUAGACGCUGUUUUCUCUUUUUGCUUGUCCUAAAUUCUUACCACACUGUAAAAAAACAAUUUGUUGAGUCAAUUUAAAAUAAUUUGUAACCUGGCUGCCUUAAAAUUUUAAGUUAAGUCAACUCAAAAAAAGUUUAUUCAACUUGAAAUGUUAAAUUAUACUAAGCAACAACUUAGAUAUUUGAGUUGAAUCAAUUUAAAAUGUUAAGGCAGCUGGGUUACUUACCCAUCUGUUAAGUUUAGCAAACACCAAAUAUCUAAGUUGUUAUUUAGUACAACUUAACAUUUCAAGUUGACUGAACUUAUUUUAGUUGACUGAACUUAAACUUUUAAGGCAGCAGGGUAACAAAUUAUUUUAAGUUGACUCAACAAAUUGUGUUUUUUUUUUUUUUUUUACAGUGUAGCCUGUUAAUUGCUUUGGUUAAAUCACCAGUUCUUGAAUGUGAAAAGACAAUGAUAUAGACAUGUGGCAUGACAAAUAUACUAGGGAAUUAUUCAUUAUUGAGCAUGGGUUUAUGAUUGUCUCUUGUGGAGUGAGCUCUUAUCUGUUUAAGGUGAUUUAAAUCUCUGGUUUGGCUCUGUUUCUGUAUGUUAGUUUGAUUUGAAAGAUUGUUUAACUAGUUUAUUUAACAUGUUGAAUAAUUGCAUGCCCCUUUAUCUGCUUUUUAUUAAAUGCUAUGUUUUGUAGAUAGUUACCUGGACUCAUGUAGCACUGAGUUUGAUUGUAAA